AUGUACGAGCGGACAUCUCAGAAACGCAAGCUUACAAAUGCAAUACAGCAAUAUCCUGCCCAGCGACACCGCAUUGCACGCCGUUCUUGCAACGAACAUCAUCCCCUAGCGUCCGCAGCAAGCCAACCACGUUUGCCUCAAUAUGAAUUACUGGAAUUAGCUAACUCAGAAGGGCAGUCGCACCCCCUAGUUGCACUACCAGCAGCGUCACUAAUCCAAAAUGCAGCAAGAACCAGCCAGGAAGAGCAACUGAUCGAAGGUGGCGUUAAGCGGUCAACGCAUCCUGCCAUAGUUUCCGAAAAAAAAGUUGCCUCGGUCGACUCAGUGGAGUCGCUGAAAAGCACCUUCAGGGGGCAAGAAGACCUACUGCUGGCAGAAACCACUUCGCUUGUUAAAGUUAACCAAAGUCUACUAGACGAGUUAGAGCAGCUGAGACAGCAGCUUAACGCCCAGAGACAUUCGUUGGCGUCCAUACGUAAACCAUCUAAUUCCAACAGGACACUACUCAAAACGUCCAAUGUUGAAGAAGGAGGAUAUCCAACUGAAGACCACCUGGCACGACGGAACUGUGAUAGCCAAGCGGAGCGCCAGGAGCUGCAGGGCGAUGAAUUAUCCCCAGCAAUAACGGUGACGACUACUGACGCGCCAAUUGCGAAGGCAAAACAAUCACAGGGAAAUGGAACGAGUGAAUGCACACGAGAAGAAAUGGCAUGUGAGCAUGCUCUAGGAAUGAGUACUCUGUUAGUGCAGCACACCAGCGAUGCUCAGGCGGCUGAGCAAGGGUGGACUGCUACUGUUUCUCCACGAAAAACCGCCGAGCACUUACAGCACCAAAAGCUGCAUUGUCAGCCGGGGCCAACUGCCGAUACCGUGUGUCAACUCCUUUGGGAACUGCUGGAUAGGAUGAAUUAUUUCAAGCUGCGCUUAGCCCCUGCACAGGAAUUGGAAACCCUGUAUGUGGCUGACACACAUAAUCGUCACAGGCCACAGCAUCCGAAUGAAUUCCGCAACUGGGCAGGUGCGCGAAUCCUCAAAAACCAUAGAAAACACCGUGCGCGCAGCGUACAGCCUGCUGCCUCCAAAAGAGAUUCGGGCACGCACCUAAGCGUCCUAGGGAAAUCAAUGGGUAACCUAACUAAAGCUACACCUGACAACUGGCUGUUUAACUCUGGCGAAAACACUCCUCAGCAUAUCAUCCCGUCUCCUGCCCUACAGCGGAUAUCUAGUCACCGAAUUCAGAGGAUACGGCAACUUGGAGUUCCUCCAUUGGCUACGAAGCCAAGGGGUAGGGAGAAGCAUAUACCUGCAGUUAAAAUUAACCUUGGAGUCCUGGGGAGGCGCUUGUCCCAUGCACCGUCGACGCCCAAACUCCGUCUAAAGGUAUUGUGCAGCAGACUUAGAUGCCUAAAAAUGAAGAAGCCUGUACCGCUGUCCACUGGGGAACCUGCAGACAACUGCAGAGAUUCUAGACAGCCACCACCCCCAUCGGCGUCAGCAUGUGAAAAUGGAAUUAUUGGCGACAAGCAGGAAGCACGGGUAGAUUUGCCUCGUAUGUUGGAUGAUCCAGCUCAGUUGCACACCCCCGGCGCACAGCGCCGCCAAUGCACUUUCACUGCAUACAGAUGCCCACCAGAAUUUGCUGACGAGGGUCGCGAGCUUCCGUUGAAGAUAUCCGAUUUAAAAUUGGCUGACUGCACUAGCGUGACGGAGCGAGCAACCCCGGCAGGUUUUUCAUUCCCCUUUUCCUUCGACAGCUCGAAAAAAAAUGUUGGGCUUCGUGUAGAGAGUGCGGAUCCAAAGAAGUUCUUUUCAACCAGUUCCAUCACAAAAAGAAGCUGCAGAUUGGUGACUCGUCGAGACACACUGGCGCAAGACAAAUAUGAUCAGCUGUCGAGUGCUCUCGAGCAAACAUCAUUCCAGCAAAAUGGUACAGCCUGGGCCACACCUACCGAGCUCCAAAAGAAGGUACUAGAUUUCCAACAAGUGGGUCCACCAGCCACCUGGAUCAGAGGGACAGGCAUGGAGGCGGCUGAACUUGACAGGCUCUCAAGCUGUUUCCCUUGCGCAACAGCAUCUGUCGAAGAAAUGGGCGGCGCUGAAAGCCAGCUGUUUUUUAUUUUGGAGGCGAAAAACGGAAGGGGAAGCUUCGAGCAUUCAACUAAUGAAACAGGUAAACGGGUGAUGCGGCAAAGGAAACAGAUAGAUCACAGGGAUGAAGGAGCAUUCCGACAAGUCAAACAGUAUCUUUGGGCUAAGGCGGUCAAGUACAUGUCGGAAUUUGAGUCUGCUGAGCAGCUGCAGCAGGAUGAUUCGAUGAACGGCGGUGCCUCGGGUGCAUGUGUCUAA